AUGCAUCUCUCGCCAUCAUGGUACCAGUUCCUGGUCGGCGUCUUUGCCUCUCUUGGAUCAUUCCUUUAUGGAUAUGAUCUGGGUGUAAUCGCCGAGGUGCUUGUCUGCCAAUCAUUUAAAGCCAAAUUCGAGGCAGAUGAUACCCAAACAGGAUUAGUCGUGUCUUUAUUCACGGCUGGCGCAUGCAUCGGUGCCGGACUUGCGGGCGUCAGUGGUGAUCAUUUAGGUAGACGACGGACCAUCUCACUGGGAUGUUUUAUCUUCACUCUCGGGGGUGGUCUUCAAACCGGUGCGAGGACAAUUGCCUAUCUAUAUAGCGGACGAUUCCUAGCCGGGUUAGGUGUCGGUUUCCUCACAAUGAUGAUUCCUCUCUACCAAGCCGAGAUCUGUCACCCCAGCAUCCGUGGUCGAGUUACGGCCUUGCAGCAGUUCAUGCUCGGUAUUGGAGCGCUCUGCGCUACAUGGAUUGGUUAUGGAACAUACACCGGCUUUGCAGAGGAUAACAAUGCGCAAUGGCAACUGCCUCUCGGUUUGCAAAUUGCCCCUGCGGUAUUCUUGGGUCUUUUGAUCUCUUUCUUCCCUGAGUCGCCUCGCUGGCUUAUUGACCACAACCGCACCGAAGAGGGAUUGCGCACAUUGGCCAAGCUGCAUGCGCAUGGUAACGAAAACGAUGCUUGGGUCCAGGCAGAAUUCGCUCAAAUUCAGGAGAGCAUCACGUUUGAGCAUGAGAACGAGGCGAAGUCAUAUGUCGAGUUGUUGACCAAUCGCUCCUCGUUCCGUCGGUUGUUCCUCUGCUGUGCAUUGCAAGCCUCAGUCCAGAUGACCGGUGUAUCCGCCAUUCAAUACUACUCACCUCAGAUUUAUGGUCAAAUCGGUAUCUCCAACGAAGACACCCUCAAGUACCAGGCAAUCAACUCUAUCAUCGCAUUGGUCGGCCAGUUCCUGUGCAUGAUGUUCAUUGAUCGCUUCGGCCGUCGCUGGACUCUGAUCAGCGGCAACCUCGGCAACAUGGUGACCUUCAUCGUUGCAACUAUCCUACUCGCAAAGUUCCCUCCAUCGACCAACAACAACGGCGCGCAUUGGGGUUUCAUCAUCAUGACUUGGCUGUACAAUUUCUCCUUCUCCGCAACCUGUGGUCCUUUGUCCUGGAUUAUUCCAGCCGAAGUAUUCGACACUCGCACACGUGCCAAAGGUGUCUCGAUUGCUACCAUGCUUUCGUUUGCUUUCAACACGAUGAUCGGGCAGGUCACGCCUAUUGCAAUGACGAACAUUGGCUAUCGCUACUAUUUCGUAUUUGUCAUCUGCAACUUCACCAAUGCGGUCUUCUUCUGGCUCUUGCUUCCAGAGACUAAGCGCGUUCCUCUCGAGGAAAUGAACCAGAUGUUCACGAAUGCGCCAUGGAUCGUGCCCGGAAGUCGCAAAGAAGACUAUAUGACUCAUGACCUGGAGCGGAAGGUUGAGGAGCAGGAAGUGAAGCAUAAUGCGUUGCAUGUUGACUAG